AUGAGCUCCAUAGGCGUCGUAGUGUUCCGCAACUCGCCGCUCAGCAAGGCGCAGGUGCUCCAAGAAUCCGUGAAUAAUACCGUGAACAUAUCAAACAACGACGCCGGCCCGAACAUUGGUGAAAUUAUCAUCGUUAGGAAGAAACAUAAAGUGACAUCGCCGGACACGGUUUCAGUGACAUCGCUAGUGCGCGCAACGGAAUCUGUGAACUCGAACUUGCCGAAGAGGCCGCGAAAUCGCGAGAACGUACCGGAAGACGCGUCAAGGACGCCGACACCUCUUGCGGUUGCGCGUCGAAAUGCGCGGGAAAGGAACAGGGUGCGCCAAGUAAACGAUGGCUUCGCCGCGCUGCGCCGACACAUUCCGGACGAGGUUGCUGCGGCCUUCGAAAAUGCCAACUCUAACCGUGGGCCCAACAAGAAAUUGAGCAAAGUUGAAACCCUGCGUAUGGCCGUGGAAUAUAUAAGGAAUCUUGAGAGUCUGCUUAAUAUUGGGCACGCUGAUAAAGAGAACAUGUCCAGGCCUUCAAUGGAAUCCUUCCCUUCGCCUGCUUCCUCGUCGCCACGAGAUAACAGCCAGGAGAGGAGUUACUUUUCUAUUAACUCGCCAGCUAUUGACGAUGAUGAUGUUGAUGACGACGAGCUGGACGGCUCCCUACAGAUACACCGUCAAUCUUAUAUGGAACUACCAUCGUCAGAACCAUUUCAUAUAGUAUCUACACCGCACUUAUAUGAUGAAGAGGAAUGCGUUGGCCAACCUUUGACUCCAUCGUCAGAUCUCCUCGGACAUGAAGAUGCGAAUCCGCACAUAUUAGAUGGCCACUUUCCAUUUCCAAACUCGGCUGAACAGUUUUCCGUGAUACCCGAACAAAGUUAUUGCAGCGAAUCGGAAAUGGCAUUGAACGAGAGUGAUUUUGAAGUUAAAUACGCGGAAUCCAUUCAUCAUCAGAUCCAUACGGAUUACGAGAACGACACGGAGCUCCCUCUAGAAGCUAUUAAUCCGGAUUUAAUUUUAUCCCACAACCAAUUUAAAUUUAAGGGUGAAACUCAAACAUUCAUCGAGGAUCAACCUUAUAAUGAGAUGGAGCUGAAGAGGGAACUUCCAGAAAUACAAGUCACUCCUGAGGACAGAGAGCAAUUCGAGGAGACUUUGAAAUGGUGGCAGGAGAAAACAAGACAAAGCCGUCCGUUGGCGAAAACUAAACAC